GGUGCUUGCCAUUGGUAGAAGAGAGAGGAAGAAUAAUUGACGUUGCGUAUCUUGGUGGCUACGCUGAGUGAGACUGUCAGGGACACAGCAUCGCGUAUAUAAAAAACCGCAUGAAAUGAAGACCGACAUUAGUGACCCUUGGUGUGGAACGGUUUCGACGACCAACGGCGUCGACACGCCCGCUAGUAAUUGCUUCGAGGACUCCUUCCUGGACCAGGAUAUCGAUCAUCGACGGUUGUCCGACUCGGAACAAUACCUGCAAAAGCUCUAUUCCAGAUUGAAAGUUCUGCAAGGUGGUACCACGAAGAAGGACCUCGUGACGUCGCUAUCGGUUGCAAAGGAAGAUUGCAUCGCGCGUCUAAUCACUUCUGGGAACAAGCCCCAGUCUGAGGAAGAAGCAGAACUGGCAGCAAAUCCUCUGAUAAGGCACAUAGCCCCACAUUUGCAGGCUUUAACAGCAAGCGAAUUAGUCCAUCUCUUGAAAGCGGACGUGCUUCAAGCAUCUACUGAAGCUGAGCAAGAGCCAAACAUCACCAGGGAAUCACAAGCGGAUCAAUCAGUAGAUAACAAUUCAGGAGACGGUAAUUAGAUUCCAUUGAUAUAAUCAUGUCGAUUGAGG